AUGGAUGAAUUUAAAUAAUAAUUGAUUCUCAAUUUUUAAAAUAUUCCAAGUAUGAUAUUUAUUUAAAUUUAGCACAUAGUAAUAAAGGAUUAUUGUUAUUCUUCUAAAUUGAAGUCUUAAAUGAUCUAAUAAAUUCUCAAAAGAUUAAUGCAGCAAGUACUUUAUCAGAAAAUUAAGAAGAAAUGAUCUUUGUAAAUAAUACGUAUUAACAACUUGUUAAUCAAUUUUCAUAUGCUAAAUUUAUUAUUGGAGAAGAAGGUAAUAUUGAGUUAGCAUCAAAUAGUGUAUCAUAAUAAUUAAAUAUUGGAGUUAAUAAAUAUAGUGCCUUUAAUGAAAUGGUUCCAUAAUCAUUGGUAUCUUUUCAUAAAUAGUUUAUGAAAGAAUUUAUUUCUACAGCAUAGAAUAAAUACUUUUUAAAUAUUAAUUAAUCAUUUUACAAAUAUCUACAGGCAUAAUAAUUCCUAUUGAAUUGUGUAUGGAUAUUUAAUUUGAUUAAAAGAUGAACUAAUUGAUGGCAACAAUAUUCAUAAUAGAAGCACAUACAAACAAUUCCUUCCAUUAUAUCAUAGUAGACGAUAGAUAUAGAAUCAAAAAGAUCUCACAAGCUUUAUAUUUUGAAACUUUAGAAUAUCCAACUUUCGUUAAAAUGCAAUUGUAUAAUUCAUCUAUAUUCACUCUUAUACCAGAAUUGAAAAAAGAAGAUUUAUCUCUAGAUAGAACUUUAAGGUCUUAUUCGUUGUGCUUUCCAUAAAAAAAAUAAACGUCUAGUAGUUUAAGAAGUUAAAAUAGAUCACAAGAAUAUUAUCAAGGUGAUAUUUCCAUAAAGCCAAGAGUUAUUAAUAAGAAAAUCUUAUAUUACAUUUUUGAAAUAAGUGAUUUUAAAUCAGAAAGAAAAGAUGUCUAUAUAAUAAGGAGAUAUGGAUGAAAAAGAAAUUAUAAAUAUUCCAUUAGAAAUCCAUAAUUUGUAUGAAUAAACAGUUCCAAAUUAAAUUUGGCAACUUCCAAUUAAUUCUAAUUUAGAAUCUGAAAGACCAUUAGUAUUUUUAAGUAAUUGUGAUCCUUCAGAGCUUCGAUUCAAAAAUUCAAAGGAUUAAGAUAAUUUCAAUAUUAUGUAGAAUAAAGCAAAAAGUUCUAUUAAUACCGAAAAAAAUUAGAUAUCUAAAAAUGAUUAAGAAAAAUUUGAUGCUGGUUCUUAAAUUUCUUCAGUAGCUGCAAUUAGAAGGUCAAUCUAUUUUAAAUAAUUUUAAAAAUUAUAAAUGAUUUAAUAUUCUCUAAAAUAUUUCCACCCAAUAUUAAGGAAUUUAACACCAUCUUUAUAAUCUAUGUUAUUGUUGGAGUUCUUAAUUUUAGUCUUUUAAUUGAUUAAGUUGCAAACUUAUAGAAAUAUUAAGAAUUAAUGA